CAGAGCUGUGAGAUGAGAGAGCAGGAUGGCUGUGUGAAGAGCUUCGGUCGCUGUAUUCAGGUUUCUAGGUGCAGGAAAAAAGCUGGAAAUGGAACUGCCAAAUCAUGCCAAACAAUUGCUGCUGCAGCUGAACCAACAAAGAGCCAAAGGUUAUCUGUGUGAUGUGAUUAUAGUUGUAGAAAAUGCCCUCUUUCGGGCACACAAGAACAUUUUGGCAGCCAGUAGUAUCUACUUUAAGUCCCUCAUCCUUCAUGACAACUUAAUUAACCUCGACACAGAUAUGGUCAAUCCGUCAAUUUUUCGGCAAGUACUGGACUUUAUUUACACCGGCAAGCUUUUGUCCUCAGAUCAGGUCAGUGACCACAAUUUUAAUGCCCUCCUAACGGCAGCAAGCUACCUCCAACUCCAUGACCUAGCUGCUCUCUGCAGAAAAAAGCUUAAACGCAAUGGCAGAUCUCUCCACAACAAACCCACAACUCCUACCAAUGGAAGAACUUCUAGGAACCAAAGGCUGUCCUCCACACCCAUCACACCAAACCAAAUUUCAGGGUUUAAAGACAGUGAAAAAAUAAAGAGACAUGAUGAGCUCCUUAAAGAUGAGUUGUCAGAGGAUGAGAUUUUUGUCAGGAAUGCUCAGUGUGCAAACCCAGCCAACUCUCUUAGUCCCUCUACUAGUAAGAAUGGGAGCAAUGGCCCCAUUACAAGCAGUGGUGGACUUUUGGAGCUUGGCCUGGACCUCUCUAAGAAAAGCCCUUCAGGAAGCACGGUCACUGAAGAAGUAAGUCCAAGCAGUAUCCCACAAGAAUCACCUCAGUCUGCCUCAGAAUCCACAGCCAACAGUGCCUCAUUCGAUGAUCUCCCUACUAACCCACAGAGCCUAACUACUGGAGAGCCUAUGGAAACUGGUGAAGCAGAGGAAUGUGACGAGAACCAGCAUUUUCCAGACGCUGAGCAACGAAAAAGCACCCGCCAGAUAUCAAGGUCCAGGCGACAAGCCAAGGGUGAGGGUCACAAAGGUGAAGAUAUGGAAAGGUCCACUUUGCCCAACGGAGUUGCCAAGAGGCUGAAUGUGGCUGGAGAAAGGCUCACAGGUGGAGGAAACGUCAACUCGGAUCUGUCCUACCAGUGUAAGGAUGAGGAAGAAGGAAUGGAGAAUGGCCAGGAGCAGAGUGAAGAGAGUGGCCACAGUGAGAAUGAAGGUGGACGCAAUAGUGCCAACUAUGUCUAUCGGCAGGAAGGCUUUGAGCCUGCCCUUGGUGACAACCUUUAUGUGUGUAUUCCCUGUGGUAAAGGUUUCCCUAGCUCGGAGGAGCUAAACGCCCAUGUGGAGACCCAUACUGAAGAAGAGCUUUACAUCAAAGAGGAGGAGGACGAUACCUAUCCAAAGGAAGAUGAGGCUGAAGCUGAGGACUUGUCAUCUCAGACGGUCCAAGUGCACGGCAUAGAAGCGCGACGCUUUUGCUGUACAGUGUGCAAUAAAAGCUACAAAGAUCCUGCAACGCUGCGGCAGCACGAGAAGACGCACUGGCUUACGCGGCCUUUUCCCUGCAACAUCUGCGGGAAGAUGUUCACGCAGCGCGGCACCAUGACGCGACACAUGCGCAGCCACCUUGGUCUAAAACCGUUUGCCUGUGAGGAGUGUGGCAUGCGAUUCACCCGCCAGUACCGACUCACAGAGCACAUGCGGGUACACUCUGGGGAAAAGCCCUAUGAAUGUCAGCUUUGUGGGGGCAAGUUCACCCAACAGCGUAACCUCAUCAGCCACCUUCGAAUGCAUACCUCCCCAUCAUAAGCCAAAGACAUUUUGAAUGGAAUACCUUGAGCGCAAAAAGAUUUCGUUACAGUGCACACCUGUAUUCUGUAAAGAUGAUGGCUAUGAGUGGGUGAUCUGACGGUGCGGUCGCUCUCUGUUUGAGUGACAGGAGUAGUAUUUCUAUAUAUUAAUGCCCCAACAGUUAAAAGAGAUUUUUUUUUUUUUAUUGGUAUGAUAUGAUGGCUUUUUCUUUUAAUUAUUUUAUUUUUUCCCUUCCUUCAAUGCUGCGAAUGUAUGCCUUGAGCAAUUAUGCUGUUUCGAAAUUCUUUGGGCGCUCUGGAUCGCUUUAGACCAGUCUAUGCAUUGGUUUCAUUAUAUGUUUCACUAGCUGUUGUCUCCAAGUAUACAGUUUAAUUUUCUUCGGUCCACAAAAAGCAAGGGACAGGAGUUAAGAAAAUGUAAAACACUGUCUCUAAUUGAUUAACUAAUAAUUGCUAACCCUUUUUUUUAUUUUAUUAUUAUUAUUUUUUUUAACUUUAAAGGAAGAUUGAAAUAUGACUAAGAGCCUUUAGAAAUGUUUAUAGUGUUAUAAAAGCUUUGUGCAUCUGACCAAACACAUUCACAAGCUUUAGUAACAUAUGCCCAUUGCCUAUUUCUAGCCAUGAAGGAGACAGGGUCCAUAAAAGCGUUCAUACAAUAGCACACAUUUCGUCGGUUUAGAUUUUGAUUGUUACAUAAAACUGACAUGCUGGAGCUUUUUUGCUGUCCCUGAUCAUGGUCCAUUCAGUAGUUGCAAAAAGUGGUGUGAAAAAUGGGAAUUAUUCGAUGUACCCUUGUGGGCUCCUUCUGUGCCUGACAUGGGCAAAUGGGGGGUAUAGAAGAGUGAUUCUGGGUGUUCUUUUCAGCUCUAAUGUUUACUCAUAUAAUAUAUAUCUAUAUAGGGGUUUACUCUUGAGACAAAAAGCCAAAAGUAAUGGUACUUGUUUUAGAUAACUUAUUGUUAUGCUUCAGUGAAUGUUUCAACUGGAAGUUCUUUUGAUAUUUCUUUGGGGUGGGGCGAUUCAGGUGAUUUGGUUGGGUUUGUUUUAUUGAAUUUUGAAUGUCAAUUUUGUUGGUACUGUUAUUCAGUUAUGAUUGUUAAGGUUUUUGCUUCACUAAAAAUCUUUUAUUUGUAGUCUUGUCACAUUGCUACCUCUUAAUUCUUAAGAACAGUCGUUCAUUGGUAGAAAAGUGGGGGUCUGGAUGUAGCUGGUCCCCACAAGGUUGUAUAAAGUUUGGUAAGGUUUUCAGAAUGGUCCUAACCUGCCCAUCUCUCAACAAAGGUUUUGAUGUUUGUGUGUUUCUUUUUUCUUUUUUUUUUUAAUAUUUAACAUAGUAGAACUAGAACUUAGCUUGUUGGAUGCAUGUAUUUAAGUUUUAUGUUAAAGAAAUCCAAAGAGAAAACUAGUACUGAGGAAAAUAAUGGCUUAUGAACAAAACUUUUUUCUGUAGAAUGUCACUACCAAAGUUUUUAGAUUAAAUACAGAAAAUAACAUUUCAGGAGAAA